AUGUCCCUCGCUCUGCUGCGGCGAGCUUCAUCAUCAUCCCAACCGUUCUGCACUGCCAUCAAGAGACACUUCUCCAGCACGGUCGGCAGGGAAGCUUCAUGGGGCUUCAUUGGCCUCGGUGCCAUGGGCUACCCCAUGGCGAAGAAUCUACGCGCAAAGAUCCCUGAAGGUGACUCGAUGACCGUGUACGACGUCAACACUACCGCCUUGGAGAGGUUUUCUCAGGAAGCUACGCCGACGGGGGUAGUCGUGGCAAAGAGCCCUCGGGAGCUGGUUGAGAAUGCUGACAACAUCAUCUCAGCACUCCCCGAACCUCGACACGUCAAGGGCGUCUUUGAAGAGAUCCUCGCCUCCUCCCUUCCCCAAGCCCCCACCGAGCAGUCAAGACUCUUCAUCGACUGCUCCACCAUCGACCCUAUCACCUCUCGCGAAGUCGCAAAGAUGGUCAAGGAGAAAGCUGGUGCCGGCUUCGUCGACGCACCCAUGUCGGGCGGCGUUGUCGGCGCCCGCGCCGGUUCGUUGACGUUCAUGGUCGGGGCCGAAGAGGCAGACAUGCCCAAGAUCGAGAAGAUCCUGCUCCUCAUGGGCAGGAAAGUGUGGCACAUGGGACCGCAGGGGACAGGGCUGAGCGGGAAACUGGCGAACAACUAUGCAUUGGCGAUCAACAACAUUGCGUGUGCCGAGGCCAUGAAUUUGGGUAUGAGAUGGGGCAUUGAUCCCAAGGCGCUGGCGAACCUGCUGAACUCGGCCACGGGCAAGAGCUGGCCCAGUGAGAUCAACAACCCUGUGCCUGGAGUGAUCGAAACAAGUCCAGCCAGCAGAGGGUAUGAAGGCGGGUUUGGCGUCAGUCUGAUGAACAAGGACUUGAGGCUUGCUAUGACCGCUGCACAAGAGGCGGGCGCGAAACUUGCGCUGGCGGAGAAGGCGAAGGAGGUAUAUGACCAGACGGAGAAGGAGUACAAGGGCAAGGAUUUCUCGGUCGUGUAUCGCUGGUUGGGCGGGAAAGAAUAA